GAAGGUGCCGAUGGUCGGGCUGCCCGGGUAGUCUGCAGUGUACGUGCGCCCGUCCGGGGAAUGUUGGUGAGGAAGAAUGCGCGCGCCACCUAACAGGUGUUUUUUGAACGAACACGGACGGAAGCGUCGAAGGCUGCUGACACACUGUAGCGUAUUUACACGUUUGGACACAACACGUUUCCAGCCGAGCCUAUAUAGCGUGUUGCGAGUUUGCGAGUGCAAGUCAGUGGCCUGGUCAUAAUAUUAAGUUUUUCUUUUCCGGUCUAUCGUCCAUUCUGUAAUCCUAAUUCAGGGUCGCGGUCGGUACUCUGGACAUUUCAUUCGCGUGUAUACGGUGUUCGGUCUCCAUAGUCCUUAUCAUACCGUUCGUUAUCUAUUCACGUGCUGCGACGUCGCUUGUUGCUUCUUGCAAAGACGUACCAUUGUUUAAUUUGUUCGGUGGUGGUGUCGUGUUUGCGUGGUUGCAUACUUGCGCUAUAAUAUCAUACAUUAUACCUACCAACUACCCGGUUGGCGAGUACCUAAUAUUUAAGGAUUACGACUGUUCGUCACUAUAAUACGGAUCGCAUUUGUCUGCAAAACAAUUAACCCGGUGCAACGGAAAGUUUCAAUCAAAACUGUUUAAACAGCGUCAAAGUAUUGUUACCUGUUGGUCGUUACGUAACUACCGGAAGAUGGACGAUAUCAAUGAGAUUUCGAAGUCCAGACAGACUGAUAUGCCGGUGGUGAUGACUGUCCCUAGAAUGAAAAAGCUCAUUAAGAUCUCAAGUUAUAUGCCGUGUCGGAUUUUAAGUUGUGUUUGCAAAAGAUGGAUUUGUAAUGAGAAGCUUAAUGCACAAUCAAUGAUUUCUAUUUGUGACCGAUCUUUUUGUAACCAUAAACUAUAUGAUCAUGUGUCACAUUUGGUAAAUGCUCCAGAAAAUGCAUUAGACUAUUUGACGAUAAAAAUAAUUGAGUUUGAAAAUACAAAUGAUAAAAUAGAAUAUCUGUUAAAGUUGCCUUCUGAUUAUGAAAGAAAUGCCGAGUUGAAAUAUUCUAAUAAUGUUAAAGGUCUCCUAAAACAUGAAAUAAAAUAUUUUAUAAAUAUUGAUUCCUCGAUUGAAGAUUUAAUCGAAAAACCGCCAUUUGAGUCUCCAGCUAUAGCAGAUAUUUUUAUGCACUUUUGUUUGUAUGAGUAUUCAUAUAAUACCGAUGAAUUACAAAUGGCAUUUUAUAUCACCAGACAAAUUUUAGAUCAUUUUAAUCAUUGGACAUGGAUUACUCCUGAGAAGCUUCCAUUUCUCAAUAAAUUAAAAUUCAAUAACAGUUAUAAAUUUUAUUACCAGAAGUACAAAGAGCAUUGCCUUCCUUCCUUUUCCAAUCAUUCUAAAUUAAAACCAAGUUAUUCAAGCAGUACAAUAUUUGGCAAGGAUAUUUUAAAAUAUACCCUAAAAGUAUUUAGACCAUCUGUCACAAAUUGGUGUAUUGAGAAAUCACGAGACGAUUGUUCUUUCCUAAAAAAAUGUUUAUUCUUGAAAAUUUUUCCAAAUUUUUUGGAUUCAUUAGAACACGAAGUGUAUGAAAUGGAUUCGCCUAUAUGGGAUUCAAAAUUUUUAAAUGCUCCAGCUACAAAAAAAAUCUUAGAUAGGUUAAACAUAAAUUUACAUGAAUUGAUCCAAAAUCAAUUUAAUACACCUAUAAUGAAUUCCAAUAUACCAGGAAGAAUACACAACAAUCGUUUGAAUGAAGUUGCAUUAAAAAUACCAGAUGUUAAACAUAAUGAAAUGUUUAAAAACUAUGUUGCAAUGGAUACAUUUUUUGAUACGUUUGAUGUUGGUGCCAACACAUCUUUAAAGGGUUUUAUAACAAACCAUAAAAAACGUCAAACUCAAGCAAAAGGCAAACACUUAGGAAUAGAAAUGAUAGUAUUUAAUAGUUUGUCAAAUUGUACAAAACAUGUAUUAUGCCGAAAAGAACUAAGAAAUAUGUACCAAACUCGGUUGCCAAGACUUCCAGACACAUACAUUUCAAGAUUGCAAGCAGACGAACAAAUACAAACAUUGGCUAUGUUGGAAGACGGUAUUCCUAUUGGUGGUAUAUAUUACCGGACUUACAACUCUCAAGGAUUCACUGAAAUAGUAUUAUGUAUGUUCAAAAUCGAUUUGCAUGUAAAUGGAUAUGAGUCGUGUCUAAUGAAUUAUUUAAAGGACCUUCAUAUUAAACAAAAUAUAUGGGAUUUAUUAGUGUAUGUUGAUAAAGAAAAAUUUGCAUUUUUUAAAAAUCACAAUUUUAGUUCAGAAGUGAAAAUCUCAAAGAAAAUAUAUCAUAAGUAUAUAGUUCAAUAUGAAGAUUCCAAGUUGAUGCAUUGCAAUCUAAAGAAGUGAAUAAUAACUUACACUUUCUAAAUUAUAAUGAUAUUAUAUAGAAAUUGAAAAAAAAAUCCAAUAGAUAAAAUACAUGACUGUAUUCAGAGAAGUGGAUUAAGAAUUCCAAAUUGUCCUUUCCCUUGUAUUCUUUCAACAAAAGUAUAUUUAUGAUGAAUUUAGUCAUGACAUAAUAUGUAGAUUUAAUAGAGAUAAAAAUAUUUUAUUAUUAAUUUUUAAAAAUAUUAUU